AUGGUCUAUUUUUCUUUCUUUCUAUGUUCUUUUGAAACUCUUCGUUUUAUAUCAUUUUUUAUCGAAAUUACUGUCUCUCUAUCGGUUAUUCUCUCUCCUCUCUCUCUCUCUCUCUCUCUCUUUCUUUUUGCUUUGUAUUCACCCUCCUUCUCACAUGGUCUAUUUUUCUUUCUUUCUAUAUGUUCUUUUGAAACUCUUCGUUUUAUAUCAUUUUUUAUCAAGUACUGUCUCUCUAUCAGUUUAUUCUCCUCCUCUCUCUCUCUCUCUCUCUCUCUCUCUUUUUCAUUUUUUUGUAUUCACCCUCCUUCUCCACAUGUACUGUCUCUCUAUCAGUUUAUUCUCCCUCCUCUCUCUCUCUCUCUCUCUCUCUCUCUCUCUCUCUUCAUUUUUUUGCUUUGUAUUCACCCUCCUUCUCACAUUGUCUAUUUUCUUUCUUUCUAUGUUCUUUUGAAACUCUUCGUUUUAUAUCAUUUUUUAUCAAGUACUGUCUCUCUAUCGGUUAUUCUCACUCCUCUCUCUCUCUCUCUCUCUCUCUCUUCAUUUUUGCUUUGUAUUCACCCUCCUUCUCACAUCGUCUAUUUUUCUUUCUUUCUAUGUUCUUUUGAAACUCUUCGUUUUAUAUCAUCUUUUAUCGAAAUUACUGUCUCUCUAUCGGUUAUUCUCCCUCCUCUCUCUCUCUCUCUAUCUCUCUCUCUCUCUCUCUCUUCAUUUUUGCUUUGUAUUCACCCUCCUUCUCACAUUGUCUAUUUUUCUUUCUUUCUAUGUUCUUUUGAAACUCUUCGUUUUUAUAUCAUUUUUUCUCAAAAUUACUGUCUCUCUAUCAGUUAUUCUCCUCUCUCUCUCUCUCUCUCUCUCUCUCUCUUCAUUUUCUUUGUAUUCACCUUCCUUCUCACAUGGACUAUUUUUCUUUCUUUCUAUGUUCUUUUGAAACUCUUCGUUUUAUAUCAUUUUUAUCAAAAUUACUGUCUCUCUAUCAGUUCUUCUCCCUCCUCUCUCUCUCUCUCUCUCUCUCUUCAUUUUUGCUUUGUAUUCACCUCCUUCUCACAUGGUCUAUUUUUUCUUUCUUUCUAUGUUCUUUUGAAACUCUUUGUUUUAUAUCAUUUUUUUAUCAAAUUACUGUCUCUCUAUCCAGUUAUUCUCCCUCCUCUCUCUCUCUCUCUCUCUUCUUUUUUGCUUUGUAUUCACCCUCCUUCUUCUCACAUGGUCUAUUUUUUUCUUUCUUUCUAUGUUCUUUUUCUCUUCGUUUUUAUAUCAUUUUUUUAUCAAAUUACUGUCUCUCUAUCAGUUUUCUCCUCCUCUCUCUCUCUCUCUCUCUUCAUUUUGCUUUGUAUUCAGCCUCCUUCUCCCUGGUCUAUUUUCUUUUCUUUCUAUGUUCUUUUGAAACUCUUCGUUUUAUAUCAUUUUUUUAUCAAAUACUGUCUCUCUAUCAGUUAUUCUCCUCCUCUCUCUCUCUCUCUCUCUCUUCAUUUUUUUCUUUGUAUUCACCCUCCUUCUCCAUGGUCUAUUUUUCUUUCUUUCUAUGUUCUUUUGAAACUCUUCGUUUUAUAUCAUUUUUUAUCAAAAGUACUGUCUCUCUAUCAGUUAUUCUCCCUCUCUCUCUCUCUCUCUCUCUCUCUCUUCAUUUUUUGCUUUGUAUUCACCCUCCUUCUCCACAUGGUCUAUUUUUCUUUCUUUCUAUGUUCUUUUUUCGCUCUUCGUUUUUAUAUCAUUUUUUAUCAAGUACUGUCUCUCUAUCAGUUAUUCUCCUCCUCCUCUCUCUCUCUCUCUCUUCAUUUUUGCUUUGUAUUCACCCUCCUUCUCACAUUGUCUAUUUUUCUUUCAUUCUAUGUUCUUUUGAAACUCUUCGUUUUAUAUCAUUUUUUAUCAAAUUACUGUCUCUCUAUCAGUUAUUCUCCUCCUCUCUCUCUCUCUCUCUCUCUCUCUCUCUCUCUCUCUUCAUUUUUUUUUGUAUUCACCUUCCUUCUCACAUGGUCUAUUUUCUUUCUUUCUAUGUUCUUUUUGAAACUCUUCGUUUUAUAUCAUUUUUUAUCAAGUACUGUCUCUCUAUCAGUUAUUCUCCCUCUCUCUCUCUCUCUCUCUCUCUCUCUCUCUUCAUUUUUUGCUUUGUAUUCACCCUCCUUCUCACAUGGUCUAUUUUCUUUCUUUCUAUGUUCUUUUUGGCUCUUCGUUUUAUAUCAUUUUUAUCAAAAAUUCUGUCUCUCUAUCGGUUAUUCUCUCUCUCUCUCUCUCUCUCUCUCUCUCUCUUCAUUUUUGCUUUGUAUUCACCCUCCUUCUCACAUGGUCUAUUUUUAUUUCUUUCUAUGUUCUUUUGAAACUCUUCGUUUUAUAUCAUUUUUUAUCGAAAUUACUGUCUCUCUAUCGGUUAUUCUCCCUCCUCAAUCUCUCUCUCUCUUCAUUUUUGCUUUGUAUUCACCCUCCUUCUCACAUGGUCUAUUUUUCUUUCUUUCUAUGUUCUUUUGA